CAUGAGAAGUUUUGUUCGUCUACAGCAAAAAAAUUUAUUCCAGAAAUACAGAUUAAUUUGAUAAGGAACUAGAAAUUUUACGUGAACUGGAUGAAUUUUUAAUUCAUUCAAAAAGUUUCACUUUACAAAAAAAUCGUACCAGACGUAAAGAAACAAAGAAAAAAUCAAAUUAAAAUGUUUACCAAGUUUUACACAAUUUUAAUUGCGUUAGUUUCAAUACUGACGAAUAACGAGUGUCAUUCGAGCUUUUUUCAUGCUCAUCAAAGUACAUUACCGCCGUUCCCGAAUGUCCUUCGUGCCCUCAGUCAAAAUGACCUCACGAAGGCCGCCGACAUGGGAAUGUCCUUGAUCGACAAAGAAAAACGUCUCGAAGACCACAUUCGACAUUCGCCGGCACGGGUGUCGCAUGGUUCCAUCAGUCACGGGUUGCUGCUUGAGAGUUUGCCCACAAAUGCUUCCAUCAAGGAAAAUUACGUUGGUGACAUGAUUCUCAAAGCGACGAACUAUUUGAUGAAUAGCAAGUGCAAAAAUCACGGAAUAUCAAGUCGAACUUGUGCAGCUUUCGUAUCGCAAUACGAAAUUCCUGAGGAAUCACCUUUGAGGGAAUUAUGUGAAAAAGAGGCUGAGACAAAAGAUAACGGAAUUUACCGAAGACUUUUACCGAACAAUUAUAAAGACGGUAUCUAUCAAUUUCCGGUGUCAGAACACAAUCAUCAACCAUUACCUGAUGCAAGAUACAUCGCCGAGCAACUCUUCGUCGCUUCAAACACCGUCAAUCAAAGAACAGCAAACACAGAGGGACCUUUAGAUCAAAUGCGAACGAUUGCCGUAGCACAAUGGGCGCAAUUCAUCGAGCAAGAUCUCGCAAGAACCGUUCAACGCACGAUGUACGAUGGCACAACGAUCGAAUGUUGCAACAAAAUGCAUCGAAAAUUCGCACCACGGUCCUUUCAUCCGGCAUGUCAUCCACUAAAAAUACGUGACGAGGACAUUUUUUACAAGAAAAUCGGAGUUUCGUGUUUGAAUUAUGUCCGAAGUGCCAUCGCUGUGAAUCCAACGUGCAAAUUUGGCGCUGCCGAGCAACUUAAUCAAGCAACAAAUCGAUUGGAUUUAUCACAAGUGUAUGGCGUUGAUGCUGAAGCCUUGCAAAAGUUGAGAAAAUUCCAUGGAGGAAAGUUACAUACGCAUGAUGACCAAACUUUAUCAUAUUUGCCGUUUGCAAAUGCUGAACAAAUUUCCAAAUAUUGUCGCAGUAACGAAACAAAUUCGUGUUAUAUCUCUGGCGAUCCACGUGUCAACAGCAAUCCAUACUCGAUGGCUCUCCAUACAAUUUUUCUCAGAUCUCACAAUAAAAUCGCGUCGGAAUUGACGAAACGUCAUCCACAAUGGACGGACGAAGAGUUGUUUUACAUGAGUCGCGUUCUGAAUACAAUUUUGUACCAAAAAAUCAUUUACGAGGAAUGGGCUCCGAUUGUUCUCGGAAGAGAGGCGGCGGAACGAAUUCUGUUAACGGCAGUCACGACAGAAACGGAUCAAGUCAGCAAUGAAUUUGCGACGGUUGGCAUUCGAUUUUACAAUACGAUGUUUCCAGGAGAUUUGAUCUUGAGUGAGGAGAUGUCGAAUGACGUCAAUGAGAGAGGCGAUAACGAAGAUACAGAAUUAUUUAAAUUGCAAGAUGUUCAAUACAAAAAGGAAACAAAAAAGCAUACAAUAGAUAAAAUUAUGAGUGCGGUAACGAGACAACAUGCAAUGAGAUUGGACACCAGCUAUGUUGAUGAUCUCUCCAAUCAACUGUUUCGCACAAUUCAUUCGGAAGGCGAGGCUUUUGGCAGUGAUUCGUUAGCAUUAGACAUUCAACGUUCAAGAGACCACGGCUUACAGAGUUACAUCAAGUACGUAAAUCAUUGCAAAGAUCUUGAAAUUACCUCAUGGGAGGACCUCGAAGCUGUAAUGGAGACAAAAGACAUUAAUAUCUUACGAAACAUUUAUGCAUCUUACCAUGAUAUCGACCUCAUAGUUGGAGCUUUGUCCGAAAAAGCAGUUCCUGGAGCAACUGUAGGUCCAACAAUGCAAUGUUUAAUAGAGGACCAAUUGACGAAUGCACGUCUGCACGAUCCAUACUUCUACAAAAAGAUAAUGAAGGAAACCGGUGUCCAGAAAACUGCGUCACAUUCGACGUCAACCAAAUUACUUUGCGGCACAACAUUAAUGGCAAAAGUGCAGCAAAACGUAUUUUUAGUACCUUCAAGGCAAGGAAAUCCACUUGUUGAUUGUGCAAAGGUAGACUACUUUCUAAGCAACAGUAUUCGACUGAGGCAGUAAUUUAUGCAAAAGGACCCGAUGGCGAAAUUGUCAUUGCAGUUUUUUUUGUCACCAAAAGUAAUUGGAGCUUAGGAACAAAAAAAUGGGUUCGUCGUUUAAAUGGAGCUCCCGAACCAUAAAAAUAUAGAAAGUAGUUUUCUCCUUCUUAAGACUCAACAAACACAUUUUUUGUAGCAUUUAUACCCCUUUUUAUUUAAUAUUGCAACAUUUUGACUCAAAAUGCAAAAUAAAAAAAUAAUUAUAUUCAAGAUUGAUCCGAUUGUGAUAUCGCGAAAAAAAAAAUAAAAGGUACAUACAGUUUAAAUAUUUUGACUCAAUUUACUUUCAGGUUACUGAACUAUUAUUAUUCAUACAAGUAGUGCAUAUUGUUUUAAUAGUGCAAUCGUUUACAAGUCAAUAAACCUUUUUUUUUGAAAUGAGAUAUUAAUUGAAAUAUUAUUCGAACCAUUUGAUGAUUGAUUAUUUCACAAUUUAUUAAUUUGAAUUUUCAGGAAGGGUUCGUUGAACGGCAAGUUCAUUUUUUUUUGCUUUUUUUAAGGAAUGUGAUUUUAAUUAGCAAAAAGUUUUUUAAUUGAACAGGUGCUGUGCAAUAAUUGUUUUAACCAUAAAUCAAAGUUCAAACAUAAAAAUAUUAAAUGAAACAAAAAUUUAAUGCAUUUA